AAGUUAAGUCUGGAAGAUUCAGGGACACUAGCAAGCCUAGUAGCUUAAAACUUCAUCUAACUUAUUCGUCUCGAAAAGUAAAGGUGACCAAUCAAUCUGUAUUUAUACUGAUAAACGUCAGCAAGGAUAUCGAAGUGUGUAGAGCAAAGAACCGUUUCACGGAAACUGCAGUGUGACACAAGUAGGUCAGUCAUUGUAAAACACAAAAUUCAUUGCUGCAAGAAUUCAGUUUGAUUUACAGUUUCCAUUAGUGGUCGGAAAAGGAUGGCUCAGUCCCACGAAAGAGAGUGUGCCGUGUGCACAGAAGACUUCACGACACCAAAGAUUCUACCCUGUGGUCAUCUCCUGUGUCGAGAAUGUGUCAUUUCCUGGAUGGAUUCCAAACCUGAUGCUGGUUGUCCACUGUGUAGAUGUCCUAUAGUAAAGCAGUCAGAUGGAAGUUCGUCCGCCACUGUUGACGCCCUGCCGACAGACUUUGUGAUGGAAGCGCUGGUGGAGAGCGCUCGUGUGCUGAGUAAAGAUCACCUUUGUUGUGUGUGUGAGGACGUCAGGGCGGACUUCAUCUGUAUGCAGUGUCAGGACAUGUUGUGUUCAGCCUGUACGAAAGUACACAAGAAGAUGUCAGUAAGCCGCAGUCACGAUGUGGAGAGUGUCAGCACUGUGACACCUGAACGUCUGGCUGCCAGCCGCCCUGCACUGUGUGCUGACCACGGCGACAAACACGCGAAGUACUUCUGCCGCGAGCACCGCCUCCCUGUCUGCUCAGCCUGUAAGUCUCACAAACACAAAGUAUGUCGAGAAACAAACUAUCUUGACGAUGAAAUAAAGUCAGUUCAAAACUCACUUACCGACCUAACAAAAAAUCUGGUAGAAGCGGAGCAGAAGCUAGAGCAGGCUAUAGGUCAGGUGACGUCAAGUCUACAGGAAGUUGAUGUCAGCGAACAAGAAGACAUGGCGCAGGUGGACAAGGUGUGUGACCGUCUUCACAAGCUGGUGGAAGAUGUUUUUAACAAGUUGAAGGACAAGUGUCGCAAGAAACAUCUCAAAAUCAGGAAGUCGCUAUGUGACGUCAAGACUGGCCUUAGCAACCGUCUAGGGAAGGUGACGUCACACAAACACAUUGUGACGAGAGCGGUGGCAGUGUCACCACGUCCUGCACUGAUACACGUGACACAGGCUCUGACAGACAGGGUCAACAGCCUUGACCUGAGCACUGACCUGCAAGGUGAGGUGUGGGCGAAGCCCUUGUCAAGUGUAGAGUGCUGUCAAGAAGUUGUGAGACGGAUACAAGACGAGCUUCUGAUGUUGAAGCAGAUGACAGAGUCAGAGCCAUCAGUCCUUGUGUUCCACGAAAACUGUGGAAAAAACAUUCGUCUGACGAACGGUAACAGGACCGCGGAGAAGAUAGAGCUGAAUACCUUCGGUAACGGGGUGGUUGUGUCACGUGACCCUAUGUUAGCGAACGUCUUGUAUGAAGUCAGAGUGGACGCAGGAACAGGUGUGUACAACAAUCUAUCACUGGGUGUGACACGAAUUUCUCCUGCACGCCUCACUGUGACACUGUGGUCUAGAGACCUGCAAGACUCCGUUAUCAUCAUGCCCGCUCUGGUCUUCCAUCAGGGAGAAAGUGCGCUGUUACCGCUCGCAAAAGAACUCUGGAGUCUUGAAGUCGGGAGUCGAGUCGGGGUACUGGUGACCUCAUCCAACGACCUUCACCUCUACAUCAACGGACAGGACCAGGGCGUUGCAGCAAAAAAUGUCACACAACCCUGUUUUGCUGUCUUUAGUAUUAGCAGAUCAGUUAGUAAGGUGACAGCCCUCCCUACAUCUCGGAGAACAUAAAGAAUAUCACAGAACAAGAAGGCUGAGAGAAUAAAACUAGAAUAUUUUUUUGAUUUAGGAUGACACCAACCUGAGUGUUGACAUUACCAAUGAGAGCUCUAGUGAGUUUGUUUUCUCAGUCUGAUUGCUAUCCAAAACAAGACGAGUACACAUUGCAUCUGAUUAUGAUUUUUUUUCCAGUUGAAAGACAUUAACAAAUAAGAAAACUGGAUGAGCUGCCUCCCUCUCCCAUACACACAUAAAGAAACGAGUGAAACAACUUCUUAGCAUGAAGAGAAGUGAAUGAUAUAUUAUUUCAGCAAAUAAAAUAUAUUGUGUAAACACUACGAAACUAUACACAUAAGGGCUGCUAUAAAUUUAGUAAAUACCUUGCAUUGACCUUUGGUUUCUUGUUGUGUUCACUAAUUUUAAAAAGGCUGUUCAUAAGUUACUGUUCAUCGACAAUGAAAAUAAUUAUCCGUUGUGAUUUGCUUCUGCUACCCAAUAAAUAAAAUUAUUACUUACAGUU